GAUCCUGAAGCUGCCGGUGUUAUAGUGGUGUUUACUGUGAGAUGAGAGCAGCAGACUCAUCUUGUAACAUACAGUAAUCAGCUGAUACUCUCUGACUGUCUCUGAGGUCCGGGCUCGUUCCUGUCCUGCCAGCCUUUAAAGAAGAUAACGGACACUGAAGUCUGUGCUGAUGUAUGCGAGGUUCUGCAGCAGUUUCUCAUUCCUCAAUAUAGCAGAGCACUAUCACAGAAUGAGAGGCCUGCCCAACUACCACCUGUCCUGCUGUGUCAACACUCUGCUGCAGACCUUCGCUGCUACCUGGGAGAUAGGAGACAUACUUGACAGGUGGAAAGCAGCUGGUGGGAGAGGGGAUGGUCAGAACGUCCCCCUGCAGCUCAAGAGAGUUCUCGCAGCCAUGAACAGCGACCGCCCUCAGCCUGUUCCCCAUCGUGACUUCCUCCACUCUCUGGACAGGAACUGCGUUCGACUUAAUACGCAGCAUGACGCUGAUGAGGUGUUCCUCGCCAUCCUGAACUUGAUACAGCAGCAGAUGGAUGAUAAAUCUCUGGCUCUUCAAAUCCAGAGUCUGUUCAAGAUUUCUGAGGAGACACACCUGCAGUGUUUGGAGUGUAACUCUGUCCAGACUCUGGCCAGCUACAGGCUCAGCUUGUCUCUGUGUGUAAAGGAAGACCACGACUCUCUGGAAAGCUGCAUGACCUCCUUCUUUGAGCAUCAGGAGCUAACGGGCAUAAACUGCUGCUAUUGUGCACAAUGUGAAAGGAAGACUCCAUCCAAACGGGGUGUCAAACUGCUCUCCCUGCCUCCAAUCGUGUGCGUGCACCUGAAAAGGUUUCGGAAUUGCCGUGGUAACACCCGAAAGCUUGACUGCAGGGUUACCUUCCCAGAAACCUUUGACUUCUCUGAGACUCUUAGAGAAGCCUUUUCUUCAGACUUUGCCCAGAAUGACUGCAAGUACACUUUGCACGCAGUGGUGGUGCACUCUGGAUAUGCAAUGUGUGGGCACUAUACUGCCUACGUUCGUCACAGACGGAACCAGAGCUGGUACUAUGCAGAUGACAGCCACACAAGACAGGCCUCCUGGGAAGAAGUGCGGAAAACAUAUGGAGGACAGUACAGUGACACAGCAUACAUGUUGAUGUACAGAAGAGGUGCGCAAGAGGAAGGACGACAGCCUGAACUCUCCGGCUGAGCGGAUGGAUGCGGACGAAUUAACCAGGGGUCAUGGUGCAAUAUAAGAUCAAUUUGGGAACUAUAGGAAUUUUAAGGAAUACUUAUUUGUUUUACAUUAUUUAUUGUGAUUUUAUUGUGCAUGGUGAUGGGUAUUAUAUGUCAUGAAUUUCUUUAGCUCAUUCAGAUUGUAGAUCAGCACAGUAAUUUCUGCCAAACACCAGCAGGUGGAGUUGAAGACUCAACACACUGAUGGGUUUUCCCUCAGACCACACACACUGUGAACACACUAUAAUACUUGGGGGGGCUGGUUUGAAAAGAAUGCUUAGCUUAGAUAUUCACUGUUUAGGGGGAAAAUACCUGCUAUUGGAGUCAGUGUUCAUUUUCCUGACACUGCUGUAUAAUAUAUGAGUCACCCAUGAAGAACAAUGAAGUUAUUUUUUUAAAAUCUCAUUUGGGCUGCCAAAAACAACAGUAAUAAAAUCUCCUUAAGCAUCUAA